GUCGGCUCGCCGAGGUGGCCACGACCACAACUGUCCGCUCCUCUUCUGCUGCAAGCUCUCGUCACUGGAGGAGGAAGGACCUGAUGCUGAGGAGAAUCCUGAAGGAGCACCUUCACGAUGGCCUUCCUGCAGCAGAUCCGCUCGCCCCGGCUCUCCCUCAUCCAGACGGUUGUGUCCCUGCUGCUGGGCACUCUGGCCCUCACCUCCCCCUACUGGUGCGUGGGGAAGCAGAAGGUCCCCAAGCCGCUGUGCUCGCCUGUCAAGCACAGCAACUGCAUCCCGGUGCCCGGCGUGUCCAACUCCUCCAGCAUCCAGUUCUCCUGGGAGACUGGCGACGACCGCUUCGUCUUCCCAUCCUUCCACACGGGCCUCUUCCUCAUCUGUGAGGAGAACAUCUACAUCGACGAGUGGGAGGAGAAGUGUCGUGACUUCUACUCUCUGACCCCCGAAUCUGAAACAGCCAUGAUGUGGCUGUCUCUGUCACUGGAGCUGCUCUACGUGGGUCUGCUGGCCGUCAGCUGCGUCCUGCUGCUGCUGCAGCUCGCCAUCCACGCCUGGCGCCCGUCCACGCAGCGCUGGGGUCAGCUGCUCAACGCCUUCGCCGCCGUCUUCACCGUCCUGGGAGGUCUGCUCGGGAUGGUGGGUCACAUGAUGUACAUGCAGGUCUUCCAGACCAUCGCCUCCAUGGGGCCGGAGGACUUCAAGCCGCACAGCUUCGGCUACUCCUGGGCCUUCUACGUCGCCUGGUUGGCCUUCACCGUCUGCAUGUCUGCAGGCGUCUCCACCCUCAACAACUACACCAAGAAGGUCUUGAUGGUGGGGCCCAGACUGGGCUCGAGCCUGAACCCUUGGAACCUGAACUUGGUGGGCUUCCUGCCGCCGGCGCCGUACUACGCCUCCACCAACACCGCCUUCAUCUUCUCCUUCCCCCGCUCCCCGCCCCGCAUCUCACACCUCUCCCCCUACUACCGCCCCCCCUCCCUGCCCGCCCCUCUGCAGAAAGCCCCGCCCCCUCAGGCCGACUCCUUCCCCUCUCCUCCCUCGCCUCACCUGACCCCCUACUGCGUCCCCCUCCCGUCUCACCAGACCCCCCUAAACGGACUCCAGGAGGACCAAGUGCCACAGUUCCGGUCGGAGAACGACUACAGUCCCCUCUGACCCGCCCGGGACCCACAGACACCAGCUGCUGACCUUCAGAGACUUGUUUUUGACUCGGCCGUCUUUGCUGACUUGUUCAGGCUGAGGACCUGUUCCUCCUCUCACCGCCUUCGAGCAGCUCCAUGACGAGGCGAGGCGAGGCGUCGCUUUAGAAUCAAGUUUUAUUGUUGCAAACUCACGGUCCAAAAACAAAAUCUCAAAAUAAACAUCGGACAAACAAACAAAGCCAAAAACAGGAAACAGAAUUAUUUACACUUUCAUCUCAGUUUCCUUCUGUGGCGACACAAACUGAUGAGUCGGCAGUUUGUGACGUUUGUUACUGCCGGGAUAUUUAUUUAUUUAUUUCACGCCCACGAACUGACUCUGGACACAAGGUCACAUGAUCUGUCACAUGAUCUCAGCAAAUGAUCAACUAUAAAGAAAAAAAACACCCCUUUCAUCCAAACACUCGUUUUAUACGUAAAUCUGCAUCAAAUAAAAAAGGUUUCGUCUUCACUCGGCUGGUUGCUGGUUCCAGACCUGAUGGUGGCAGCUGCUGCCCCGAUCUCAAGUCAUUAGCUUAGCAUGUUAGCACGCUGACUCAUCAGGAUUGUUUUGAUAGGAGGGCAUCACAGUCAGUUGCUGAAUCACGAAGGUUGUGUGAUGCUAGGUCGCGGCAUCUCAACGUCAUUAGGAGACGAUGGUAUCGGUAUUGAUCAUUAGCCCCGAUUAAGUUGAAGAGUGUGAGAAAGCAGACGCACAUGCAAGGUCAAGGUCGGACGCUCGGAGUGAAAGAUCAGGCUUCCAUGUCGGUCCAAUACCUAGCAUGACCGCUAAUGUAGCAAACAGAAAUACAUAGAAUAGAAUCAACUGUUUUGAUGGCUGGAACUAGUGUCCUGAGGAAAGUGUUAGUGUGUCAGCUGGCUUGUGGCGAAUUUGAGUUUUGCUAGCCGACAGGUUACGGUUGGCAUGAUUGGGGGUACGAGUGGAACAUGGCACAAGGGAGUGACGGGAGGAGCCGUCGGCUGACGUGGAAGUCUCAGGAAGUGUGGUGGCAGGAAGUCCGAGUCAGGUGAUCCAGCAGGUGUAGGGCUGGCGGGAGCCGCGGCGGCGUCCUUCUUAAGCCGUCUUCUUACGCAGCACGAAGUAGGUGAUGGAGGAGAUGAAGGUGAUGGCGAAGGAGAUCCAGGCCAGGAUGUAGCAGUGACCGUACCAGCCGAACUUCUCGUCCAGGUGGAAGCGAUCCGUGUAGAUGGAGGCAGCGAUCAUGAUGCAGAGACCUGCGGCCAGCGGGGUCAAGGGUCAAGAGCUGAAGCGUGCGCGUCACCCACCGUGUUUGAUCGACUCACAGGCCAGCAUCUGGAAGAUUCCGGAGAUGGUGAAGCGUUGACCUUUAGCCAGAGUGAAGAGCUGAGCCACGAAGACGAAGAUUCCAAUGAUGGAGAAGAUACAGGCCAGCACAGCGCUCGCCUGCACCGCCUGGAGGUAACCUGCGGGGGGCGGCAGAGGGUCAACACCAGUGCAACACUUGGGCAGAAGCAUCAUUUGGCAGGUGAAGUCGGCGUUUCUCAGCUGGC